AUGAUGAUUUUCAAUAACACCACAUCCUCCCCUUCAACCUUCCUCCUCACUGCAUUCCCUGGGCUGGAGCUCGCUCAUGUCUGGAUCUCCAUCCCUGUCUGCUGUCUCUACAUCAUUGCUCUCUUGGGAAAUAGCCUGAUCCUGUUUGUCAUCUCUGUUGAGCAGCGUCUCCACAAGCCCAUGUACUAUUUCCUCUUCAUGCUGUCAGCUGCUGAUUUGUGUCUGACCAUCACCACCCUCCCCACUGUGCUAGGGGUUCUCUGGUUUCAUGCCCGGGAAAUCAGCCUUAAAGCUUGCCUCAUUCAAAUGUUCUUUCUCUUCUUCAUCCACACACUGACAUUCCUGGAGUCCUCAGUGCUGCUGGCCAUGGCCUUCGACCGCUUUGUUGCUAUUUGCCGUCCACUGCACUACACCGCCAUCCUCACCAACAGUGUGAUAGGCAAGAUUGGGCUGGCCUGCUUGCUGAGAAGCAUGGGGGUUGUACUACCCACACCUUUGCUGCUGAGAUGCCAUCACUACUGCCAUGUCAAUGCCCUCUCCCAUGCCUUCUGUUUGCACCAGGAUGUUCUGAAGUUAUCCUGUUCAGAUGCCAGGAUCAACAGUGUUUAUGGACUGUGUGUAGUUAUUGCCACACUGGGUGUGGAUUCUGUCUUUAUACUUCUUUCUUAUGUCCUGAUUCUGAAGGCUAUCCUCCGUGCUGUAUUUCGACUUCCUUCCCAUGAUGCCCGCCUCAAAGCUCUCAGCACCUGUGGUUCCCAUGUCUGUGUCAUGUUGGCUUUCUACACCCCUGCAUUUUUUUCAUUCCUGAUCCACAGGUUUGGCCGGAAUAUACCAGGCUACACCCACAUCUUUCUGGCCAAUUUCUAUGUAGUCAUUCCACCUGCUCUCAACCCUGUAAUCUAUGGUGUCAGGACUAAACAGAUUAGAGAGCAUGUGCUGAAAGUAUUUUCCAGGAAAAAAAAAUAA